GCGUCGCUUAGCGAUAUGUACAGUGCAGUGAGCCAUAGCGAAUAAACAGGUGUACUUUUACUUUACGAUGUUGAUGUUAUUGAAUUAAAAUGAUCAUGUAGGAUCAAGAACCGGAAACAAACCAACAUCACAAAGAACUCAACCACUAAAAUAGCAUUAUGUGUAGCCUGGAAAUGGAAUAUAAUGUUACAAAUUGAAUCGGUGAGUUCGAGAAUCGGCAUUGAUCACUCGCAAUCUUCGAGUUCGAGUCAUGAUCCCAGCUCCACCUCGAGCUCUGGCGUUGAUGGUGGUGUUGGUAGCGGUAGCAGCGUUGUCGUUGAAUGCACUCGGAUUCCACACCAGCGAUUUAGCUUUGACAGAUAUGAACAAGAACUAACUUUUACACCAAAGCUUAAUGCAACCAGCUUAAAGCUGGCUCAUGAGCGACGGACACAAGUCAAAAGUGGGAUGGUACAAAGGGCUCCGGCGCCAACACGGGUGACGAGGCUUCCCGACAGUAACCUUCACCAUGCCAGCAGCAUGUCUCCAAUUCCCAAACUUCCUGGAUCAGAAUUUACUUUCAAACCUCAGAUGAGCACUGCCAGUGCCAAGAUAGCUGAGGGACUUGGAACAACAUUUAUGGCACGUCAAGAGUUACACUUGCAAAAACAACGUCAAAAACUGGAACAAAGCACGAAAUUGCCAUUACGAGGACGCCUCUCUCCUGUACCAAAUAUCGCCAAAACAAGAAGAUUAAGCCUUAAAGAAAAAGAAGAUCAUAAUGAAGAAGCGUCGCAGGUAGCAUGGAGGACACCUAGCUCAACUCCCAACCUGAUUGACGCUAAAGAGAGUUCACCUGGAGAGACUGCAUCUAAGAGACCGACAGGGGGCUCUACUCCAUCUCUUCUAGCUCCGGUCAAGCCAGGGCGGGGCGGAACAUUAAUGCAGACAUCUGUCAGUUUCAACAAGCUGCAAGACAGUGCAUAUGGUCCAAAUACAAGUAUGUCCCUGAAGAGGCUGAAAGGAAACACCAAACCUAAACAUCUCAAUCACAAACGUGGAACAACCUACCCUUCGGAAGGUCACUCAAGCCAGCUGGAAGAAGAUAGCGAACAAACAAGUCCCCUUUUCCCAUGUAAUCACACUCGUAGUAAGACCAAUGCCUCUCCAGAACUCUCCCCUAGGAGCAAGGCUAGGUACUCAAUAUCAAAAGCUCCCAACACCGACCGGCUAAGAAAUGCUAAGAUCAUGGCAGAGAAAGCAAUGAAGAUGAAAAAGAUCUUCACCAUCCAAGGUCCUUACCCAGUGGUCAGGGCCAGUCUGAUGCGCAGAUCAUGGGUGGAAAAAGAAUAUCGACUCAUGAACCCACACAAGUAUAAGAAGAAGAAUGGAGGCGAGGCUGACGAUUCAGAAUCUGACGAUGAUGAUGAUAUGGAUGAUGACAAUGCUUGUGAUGAUGGCAAUGAUGAUUUAUUCACUGAUCCUAAUGGUGCUUGCGGUAUCAUGUCAAGAAUUGUUCGGAAUGCCACCCCAUCAUUUCUGUGGACAGUGCGUAAGGGAGCUGUAGAUUACAAACUAUUGAGAAAGGACACAAUUGUCAACCAUUUCUGCAAGAAUGGAACUUUCACAACAAAGGUUGGUCUCUGCCUUAGUCUGAAGAAUCUUCCUUGGUUUGAGGAGAGAGAGGCAGAAACAUUCUUACCUCGAUGCUAUAGGAUAUGUGCAGAUGAAGAAAAGGAGGCAUUCGUAGAUGACUACAGGGUAUCAGCUGCUAUCGGUGUGUUGAAAUGGAUUGUCAUGAAACAAGAUGGAGACCUAGACAUUGACCUGACAGAAGAAGAAGAGAACAAAGAAAGUGACAAAACAGAAGAGAACAAAAAUAUUACAAGUCCGAGAAAUGGCAAAGCUUUGAAAGCCAGAAAGAUACCAGUGGUAUUAGGAACACCAUUUGUAAACAUAGCCAUCAAGAUUGUUGAAGACUUCCUCGCAUCUCAUGAACAUGAUGAUAUAGAUGAGGAUCUCUCACCUUUAUUAACUGAUGAGCAGUGGGACAAAUUCAUUACAGAGUACUAUCAGCUGACAAGUGAACGAGGGAGCAUUGAUGAUGUCACCAUGCACUAUGUAUACUGUGAGAGCCUGCUGAACAGACUACGAUCAAUACUACCUCAGCUUGACAUGCAAGGCCUUAGAAACAUCUGGAUUGUAAAACCUGGUGCUAAGUCGAGAGGCAGAGGUAUCAUGUGCAUGAACAAACUUGAUGAGAUCCUGAAGCUGGUUGGUAACCCGAUGGUCAAGAAAGAAGGGAAAUGGAUCGUCCAAAAGUAUAUAGAGCGCCCUCUGUUGAUCUACCAGACAAAGUUUGACAUCCGUCAGUGGUUCCUGGUCACCGACUGGAACCCUCUGACUAUCUGGUGGUAUGAUGCUUGCUACCUCAGAUUCUGCACCCAGCCUUUCUCCCUUGAUGACUUGGCCCAAUCUAUCCAUCUAUCCAACCAGUCUAUUCAGAAGAACUACGACAAUGCCGUAGAGCGUGAUGAGAACCUGCCAUAUGAUAAUAUGUGGGACAGUGACACCUUCCGCAAGUACCUGGAUGAUCGUGGGUUUGAGGGUCUGUGGGAGAGUGUGAUUGUACCAGGCAUGAAGAAGGCUAUUGUUGAUAGUAUGCUCUGUGCACAGGAUGCCAUGGAGGCUAGGAAGAAUUCCUUUGAGCUGUAUGGGGCUGACUUCAUGUUGACAGACGAUUUUCUGCCAUGGAUGUUAGAGAUCAACGCUAGUCCUGCCAUGGGCGCCUCCACUCCAGUCACAGAGGAGAUGUGUGCUUCUGUGAUAGAGGACACAAUGAAGGUUGUUCUGGAUCGCAGGCAUGAUAAGAACUGCGAUACUGGUAAAUUCCAGGUCCUUUUCAAAGGGCCGAGUGUUAGUGUUCCACCCUACAUUGGGUCGUCCGUCAGCGUGGAUGGCGUAGGCGUGCGACGACCAGUCACAAUGAAUCGGCAGAAGAGCAUCAACAACAUAAUCAGUCCUCGUCCUGAGGCUGAGAGAAAGUCUGAUCCCCAGCGCAGCAAGACACCAGGAGGAAAGAUGGAUAAGACGAGUGCGUUCCAGAAGCUGGGACUGAAGACAGGUGCAACACCAAAGGCUACUACUAUGGAGGACAUGAAGAAGAAACUAGCAGUAUCGCCUUCAAAGCCGCAAGAUCUCCCAGCAGCUGGACAACAUGAAGCAAGAAAUUGCUUGUCUCGCCAGAGUAGAAGUUCAAUAGAUGGUGUUUGGAGCAAUACUUGCACUCAAUGUGGUAACGGGCGUGGUUACAUUCUUGACACCUCCCACCAAUCACAGGUAUGCGACUGCCAGCGGGGUAGUCUGGUGGUCCCUGACGCGCACCUUGAUGAACCGCGUCCUUCCUCUCGUCCAUCCACGGCCAUACUGCGGCUCACCAUGGUAACCACACCCAGCCCUCCAUCUCAAGGGAGGUCCAUCACACCUCGUCGUCUCUCCCAUCCCAAUCUAGGCGUGGCUUUGGGCGUGGCAUCCAACCCGCUGCAAACUACAAUGUUUAUUAAUGACAAGGUUUUUGAACUGUCUUCUAGUCAGAAUGACCCAUUACCCAAGGCAAUUAAUUAUAUCAGUGACUCUGUUGGGCAGUUGGUGACACUGAAUGAUUCAGCAGAUCUCUCGGGUGUAGCUCGACCAGGAAGAUUAGGCUUCUCUCAGAGCAGGACUAGACCCAAUGUUAACAGGCAAAGGAGAGAGAACCUGGCCUUUAUGAAGGCUAAUGGAGAGCUACGAUCUCCAGGACCAAUGCCAACUGUCCUUACAAAUGCUAGGAGGUAGCCGAUCGUUAGCUUUUUCUUAAAGCUUCCUACUUUCAUAAACAUUCCUGAAAUAUCUAUCAGAAACAAAGCAAUGUUCUCUUUAAAAGACAGUAUAAGUUCAAAAGAAAUGCUUCCAAAUUGAAAUAGGUGUCUUGGGAAUAGUGAUUUUUAUGUUAUUUAAAUAUGCAAUCAAAGUGGAUAUUGAAGAAUAACGAUAGGAUCAUGUGGGAAUCAUGUUAUGAUAUCUGUAUGAUUACUUCUGCCACAGUUCCGAUUGAAUCUGUUAAAGUGAUUGCACAAUGGGUUGAUACGAGUGAAAGAAAGAUCAGUGCUAGAGUUUAAAGGAAAUAUUAAAGUUGUUCUGAAAUUAUAAUUGUGAAUAAGUACAUAUGUUUAGAAUUAAUUAUCUGGAAGUUAAAAUUUGUAGAGACCUGCAGUGUAUCUUGUAACAGUUAGAGCACAUUCUGGGUAAUCCUAGGAAGGGAAAAGAAGAGGGUGAAACUUAGAGUAGAGAAAGGGGUGGGGUGGGAUAGAAGAAUCAGGAUGUGUCAGAUUGGAUCAAAGCUUCAAUCUUUGAGUGUUACAUGUACAGUGUUUAAGUUAACUGCAAGUCUGGCCUCUAGAAAUAAUAAACUUCUUUCUUCUGUUCUAUGAAAGCAAUUUAAAUUAGUCUGAAUUAUGAAGACUACUCCCUUUUCCUUUGGUAGUGAAAGGAACUGUCUACAUGGUCGUCAUACAGAAUUUAUGACACAUACAUGUAUUUGUAUUUAUAAGUGGGAAUUAUACUGCUAGGAAAACGGAGGUUACCAUUGUAUAGUAAAACAAACUAUUGUUUAUGUAAACUUGUGCUUUUUUUUCCUGGGAAAUAUUAUAUAGCAAGCUGUUGAUCAGCUUCUGUCAUAUUCUAGAUUUGUAGGAAAUGCAGUGAGUUUGCUGAUCAAGUCUUUCAUUGAUAUAUCAAAUGUAUUGAUUUUCAUUCUGUGUAUGAAAUAUAUCAUGUAUAAAUCAUAUUUGAUAUUGUGUGGUCACAAUGUUAUUUAGACUAAUUUGUUUUUACGUAGAAUAUUUGCUGCACACUACGCAUAUGAAGACUCUUGUACUAAGCUUUUCAUGAAUAAUGCUAUGCACCUUUACACAAUUUGUGUGUACAUGUCAGUUGUAGGGAUAUUAGAAUGAAAAUCAAAUUUUCAUCGUGUUAGUGUUUAUGAAUGAGAGAGUAACCAAAGGCAGCAGCCUUUAUACAGAGAAUAUCAUGAAGAUCAAAUCAAAUGACCUUCCUGUGUAACAUUAUCGGAGUACUUUGAUGUGAAUGGUAGUGUGCAAACUUCAUCCACAAGUGACGAUUCUUAUCAAAAAUUUACCAAAAUAGAUUUAAAAUCAGAUCAGAUAGGGAAAACGGUAUUAAGGUAUGACAAGGUAGUGCAAUUCAUCGAUCAUUAAGAUGGCAGUCAUUUGUCUUUUGUAUUUUCCAUCAUACUCACUUUGCUCUCUCACUUCUGGUUAAAGUUCUCACAUUAUUUGCAUGUACAUGUACAUUGGAUUCUACUGUUUGAUAAUAAUUCUGUCAAUUUUAUCAUCAAUGUAUGUCAUGACAACUUUGAAAGAGCAUACACUGAACAAAUUUCUUGUAUCAAAAUCAAAGACAAUCUUUAGUACCAUGUCACAGCCCGAUAAGAACUGAUAAUGUGUGAUUUGUGAUCAAAGUAAUGUUCAGUGGUCCUAUAGAGGUUUACAGCUAAAUUCUUUCUGAAGAUAUAUUUUUUGUUUACUACUUUUUGUGACUGUAAUGUGCAAUGAUAUUGUGCCUGGCUGCAAUAUACUGUAAUUUGUAAUGAGUUACCACUGAAGUUUGUACUUUCUUUUAUUUUGUAAUAAAGCACAGAUCAAGUAUUGAUAUAAAAGGAA